AGCACCUUUUUUCCUCCUUGCUGACGACACGACGGUGACUCGGUGCGUCCGUACAGGAGCCAUCAUCAUCCCCCACCACCACCACCUCCACCACCACCAUCAUCAUCAUCAUCAUCGUCAUAAUGUUUACCUGAACGCGGAUAACGGGGCUUGACCAAUGGCCUAGAAAACAAAGCAGAAAAUAACACCUGCGGCUCUCGACUAGUAAACGGAUCCGGAUCUCGCCUUUUCCGUCAAGGCUCUGCGUCUCGUUAGGAGCCUGGAAAAACCGCUCCAAAUGUCAACUUGUGCAGUGACAAAUUUCAAUAAUGGCUUGGAGGCCAGCUCAGACUCAGAUGAUGAGGACAAGCUACAUAUUGUGGAGGAGGACAGCCUGCAGGACACGGAGGCCGUAGAGGCUGAUGGGAAAACGCCGCAGGAAAGCCAUGAUGUCACCACAACAGUAUUACCACACAACGGCUCCUGGAACGGAGUGAAGGAAGAGUGUGCAUCAGAAGAAGAAGAGGAGGCGGUGAAUGAUGCUCUAGUGGAGGAGAUUCUCCAACAGGGGGACACAGCCAUCAUUUACCCAGAAGCCCCUGAGGAUGAGCAGAGUCCUGCUGAGACAGGAGGCGCUGAUGAGAACGGAACCCCAGACUCCUUCUCCCAGUUGCACACUUGCCCCUACUGCUCCCGGGGCUACAAACGCAACGCCUCUCUGAAGGAGCACAUCAAGUAUCGCCACGAGACCAGCGAGGACAACUACAGCUGCUCCCACUGCAGCUACACCUUCACCUACCGCUCACAGCUGGAGAAGCACAUGAGCCACCACCGGGGCACCAGAGAUCAGCGUCAUGUUUCGCCGGCGUCUGGAGGAACAGUAGGGACCGGAGGAACCCGGAAGUUCAAGUGUACCGAAUGCUCGAAGGCGUUCAAGUACAAGCACCACCUGAAGGAGCACCUGCGCAUUCACAGCGGUGAGAAACCGUAUGAAUGCUCCAACUGCAAGAAGCGGUUCUCCCACUCAGGCUCGUACAGCUCCCACAUCAGCAGUAAGAAGUGUGUGGGGGCUGCACCGCCCAACGGUGUCACUCGAGCAACGAUAAAAUCCCCGGCGCCCUCUUCUCAGACUGCACCUGUUGUAAUCGCUCCCGCACGCAUGAUCCUAAAAGAGAAACCUGAGAGCAAACCGCUUCAGGAGCAGCUCCCCGUCACCCAGAUCAAAUCUGAACCUGUGGAAGUCGAGUGCAAGCCCGCGGCCAUGGCGGCGCCGGCGACGUCAGCCAGCGCCAACGGAGUGGUGAACGGAGGAUCGACGCAGCCGGUCGUAGCCCAGGCCGCCACCCUGCCCCAGGGCGUAGCCAUGGUGGUGCCCACGGUGGGCCUCAUGUCCCCCAUCAGCAUCAAUCUGAAUGACCUGCAGAAUGUGCUGAAGGUGGCCAUGGAUGGGAACGUGCUCAGGCAGGUGUUGGGGACGGCCAAUGGGGUGGUUGCACAAGGGAAGCAGGGAAUUGUAGUCCAGCAACCCCAGCAGCAGAUCAUCAGCCUGCCAGCCUUUGUGGACCACGACGGCACCACAAAGAUCAUCAUCAACUACAGCAUCAGCCCCGCAGCCACCGGUACCACUGCCGCCACCCAGCCCGCAUCGCUUAUCGUCAAGAACAACCCUCCUCCCGCCCCUGCCGUCGUCCCCGCUGCUGCUGCUGCUGCUACCACCCCUGCCUCCACCCCCACUCCCAACAAACCAGAAGAAGCCUCGGCCACAGAGGUGGACCUCACCAUCGUCAAGGCCGAGCCAGAAUCGGUGCCUGUCUCAGACGUGGAGCCGGCGGCAGCCAAACCGGCAGAAACAGGUCCGACUCCAGAGCCUAAACUAGCCCAGAUGCCAAAAGCCAAUAGCGCCAGUACUUGUUUACUCUGCGACGACUGUCCCGACAACCUGGAGGCGCUGCACCUCCUCCAGCAUCGUAAAGCCGCCAAUGGGGAGGCGGUGGACUCGGCGGCCCUGGACCCGUCAUUUGCUGCUUUGUUAAGCGAAGCAGGAGUGACUCUGGAAGAGCCACCUGUGGACGACCUCCUGUCGCUCCUGAAGACGUACUUCGCCUCCAACGCCAACCCCAGCGAGGAGGAGCUGAAAAAGAUCUCCGAAUCUGUCAGUAUUCCGGUGGAUGUGGUUCAGAAGUGGUUUGCCAAGAUGAACUCUGGAAAGAAUGUCGGCAAGCUCUGCAACAGUGUUUCCAAACAGGCCGAAACCACAAAAUCCAGCCCUGAAGUUGUCUCGACUCAACCUGAGGAGAUGGAGGAAGGCGCCAACCAGGACGCUCCGGCCGAAGCCUCCUCAGAAUCUCAGAGCACUUCUCCGCCACUAAGUCUCAACGGGGACCUGGUCAUUAUUAAAAGUGAACCAGAGGACAUUGAAGUGUCCCAAGCAGAGCCUCUGGACCUGUCCCUUCCCAAGCAUAUCGCAGCAGCGUUGGCCAGCAAAAAAACCCCACCCCCCACCAAACAGCAGGAGCAGCCUCUGAACCUCACCUGUCUGAGGAAGGAGCAGGUGGAGGGCAGGACCAUCUACGUCACCACGCCUCAGAGCGCCGGAGCCCCCGUCAACAUCGUCACGGCUGCGCAGCUGCCCACCCUGGUGGCCAUCGCCGGUCAGGGAACCGUGGGCUGCCUGAGCGCCAUCAACAGCACCACCAAACGCACCAUCCUCAUCCCUCAGCUCACCUACACCUACGCCACUACAGCCGGCAGUGCCACAGGAGCCAAGACUGUUGUACUCAAUGGCCAUAAGUUGGAGAAGAAGCAGGAGAGCAGCUCCGACGGCGCCUCCGCCGCCGAGGAACAGAACGACUCGGACGGGGCUGCGCUGAAGAAGCGACGGCUGGAAAACGGCGUCUACCCGUGUGAUCUGUGCUCCAAGGUCUUCCAGAAGGGCAGCUCCCUGCUCCGACACAAAUAUGAACACACCGGAAAGCGUCCCCAUGAAUGCAGCGUCUGUAAGAAGGCCUUCAAACACAAACACCACCUGAUCGAACACUCCAGGCUGCACUCCGGAGAGAAGCCGUACCAGUGCGACAAAUGCGGCAAGCGUUUCUCCCACUCGGGCUCGUACUCGCAGCACAUGAACCACCGCUACUCCUACUGCAAGAAGGACGGGCUGAGCUCGGGCCCCGGCUCCGCCUCCGAGCCCCGCGGCAGGGCCCAGUCGGACCUCCUCGGCAGCCCCGGCGCCGGACCGCAGUCGGACAGCCGGACCACCACGCCGCCCUCCCAGCUGGACUCGGACGAGAGGGAGAGCGAGGACGAGGAGGACGACGAGGCCAUGUGCAUGGACGACAUCCGGGUGGUCCAGGUGGACGACGGAGAAUGCGAGAUAUACGAGGGGAAUUUUGAUGACGACGACGACGAUGAAGAGGAGGAGGAGGAGGAGGAAGAGGUGGCGGAGGAGGAGAUGAUGAUGACGAGAGGGCAGGCGGAGGAUGACACGGUGUGCGAGGUGUUGGAGAUCGAGCUCGGGGAUGAUCAUGUAGACCCCGAGGACGACGAGAUGGAGGAGGGGGGCGAGGAAAAGGAGGGAGGGGGAGGGGCGGAUCCAGAGGAGGCGCGAGACUGUGAAGCAAAUACGGACAAAAGCAUCAGGGAGGGGUCGGAGGGCGCCCCACCCUCACAGGAAGAGAUGGAAAACGCCAAAUAGAGGAAGGAUUUCUACGAGUAAGUUAAGACAAAACCGCAUGUGGCCAUCAGCCCACGUGGCGGCGGUUGCCUGAUCUUAUCGGUCCACUACUGUGUACAAAAACCCAGGUGUGCCUGAACUUGGAAAAAAAAGAAAGA